GGGACAGUCCUGACCGGAGCUGAUUGAGGAGGGCGCGCAAAGUGCGUCUGCGUAAAACCAGCAUCCGGUCCCGCCAGUUUUACGCGCAACUUACCAACAAUAAGAUUUUGGAUGUUUUGAAAAAUGUCCAGCAUGGCAACCAUGAGGUGUCUUUGGGCGGACUUGUAGACUUGUCUUUGCGUCAUCUAUGACCAGCAUGUCCCCCAAAUUCGUGCCUUGUUUGCUUCUCCUCGCGGCUCUCAGCGCAAGCGUUCUCACGGUGGACUACGAGGAGGACUACGAGGACUUCACCGUCAAGCAGAUGUUGACUCCUAGAUCUCAACAGUCUGACGCCACGGAGAUACUUAAUAACCUACUCAAGGAGUACGACAAGAAGCUCAGACCUGACAUUGGAGUGAAGCCGACUGUCAUUGACGUGGACAUCUUUGUCAACAGCAUUGGGCCCGUGUCGUCGAUAAACAUGGAGUACCAAAUAGACAUCAUCUUCGCUCAGACGUGGACCGACAGCCGCCUGCGCUACAACAGCACCAUGAAGAUACUGACGCUCAACAGCAACAUGGUGGGCCUCAUCUGGCUGCCCGAUACCAUCUUCAGGAACUCCAAGAAUGCAGACUCACACUGGAUCACCAUGCCCAACCAGCUCCUCAGGAUCUGGAACGAUGGCAAGAUACUCUACACCUUAAGACUAACCAUCAACGCAGAGUGCCAGUUGCAACUGCACAACUUUCCCAUGGACGAGCACUCGUGUCCACUCAUCUUCUCCAGCUACGGCUACCCGAGAGACGAGAUGGUGUACAAGUGGAGGAGGAACUCUGUGGAGGCGGCCGACCAAAAGUCCUGGCGACUCUACCAGUUUGACUUCAUGGGCCUCAGAAACACCUCUGACAUCGUAACCACCACGGCAGGUGACUACGUGGUGAUGACGGUGUACUUUGACCUGAGUCGGCGUAUGGGCUACUUCACCAUCCAGACGUACAUCCCCUGCAUCCUCACCGUGGUCCUCUCCUGGGUCUCCUUCUGGAUCAAGAAGGACGCCACCCCUGCCAGAACCGCUUUAGGUAUAACCACGGUGCUCACCAUGACCACCCUGAGCACGGUGGCGAGGACGUCCCUACCCCGAGUGUCGUACGUCACCGCCAUGGACCUUUUUGUCACCGUCUGCUUCCUGUUUGUCUUUGCUGCUCUGAUGGAGUACGCCACGUUGAAUUACUACUCGUACAGCGCCCGCAGGCCCGCGUGCAUCGAGAGCAAAAGACAUAACUAUUCCGUCUUGGGCGGCAGACCGGCGCACACGGUCAUCGCCCUCAACAACUCCACGUACUGGCAGGACUUUGAGGACACUUGCGCUUACGAGUGUCUGGACGGCAAAGACUGCCAGAGCUUCUUCUGCUGCUACGAGGAGUGCAAAGACGGCGCGUGGCGACGAGGACGCGUCCACAUCGAUCUCCUGGAGUUGGACGCCUACUCGCGGGUCUUUUUCCCCACGUCCUUCUUGCUCUUCAACGUGGUUUACUGGGUGGGAUAUCUCUACCUCUAGCCGGACGUGACGAUGCAUCCCAGGGGAACGGCUCGGAAACUGAAGCAGUCUUUUGGACGUCAACUGCUGGUGAGCCUUCCUUUGGACUGAUAAAGGAUGUCACGAAGGAACGCGAUACAAUAAACCGAGACAGGGAGACGGCUAAGUCUUGUUAGCGAGGGUGAGGCGGUCAAACAUAGAAACAACGUUCUCAGUGCCUUCAGUCCUUUCCACACCGUUGCCGAAAAGGAAGGAAAUGUUUGCAUGAGAAGUCUUAUGAUCAAGUCCUAGGACCUGUUCCUCCGCCCUUCGCUUGCGUGGGUUCUUAGGGGUUAUUGUUCAGCUCAGGGGUGUCCAAACCUUUACCAGCGAGGGCCACAUGGUGAAAAAUGAAAGAAUGCAACUUUGCCACUUUCAUAUUUUAGACACAUGCUAAGAAGUUCAAUAUAUUCCAAGAAAAAACUGCAUCUCAGCUUUGUCAUAUAUGUGCAAAAGCAUGUUAUUAUUAUCAAAUUCACUCUUCGCUCUUUUCCCAUUUUUGCUGUUUUGUUUUUAUAUUUUCCAAAUAUUUCAACUUUAUUCUUUUUUCUUUUUUUUUUUCCCCCUGUCCUGUCCAGCCUUUAAAGCAGAUAGAAUUGUAGAUCUAAAUGCCGUCAAGUGCUCAACAGAUUUACUCUGCCAGGGAGAAGUGUGAUAUACACUU